CAGGACAUGUUCAGAGAAGGAUCCACGUUUCUCUACCAGGCUACUCGACAGCGAGUCUUCUUUAAAAAUGUCACCAUUCUCAUACCAUCCCACUGGACAACGCAACCGGAAUAUGGUUCUCCGGGUCGACUAACCUUUGACACGGCUGACGUCAUCAUUGCACAACCCAAUCCACUUUGGGCGCCUGAGCCAUACACUCAGCAGAUCCAAGGGUGCGGACAACCUGGUAGUUUCAUUCAUUUCACAGAGGACUUCAUUACUGAUGAUGAUGAUGUGACAGACACUUAUGGAGAAUUAGGUCGAAUCCUAGUACAUGAAUGGGGUCAUUAUCGUUGGGGGUUAUUCAACGAGUAUCCUGAUGAUGUAGGUGAUGCUGAUCACGUGACACAUUUCUACCAAUCAAUGGAAGGUAAUCAAAGCUGGAAGCCAGUUAUUUGCUCUCAGGAAUACCAAUGGUUUCCAAAAUUUACUGUUCAAGGGGACCCGCCACUUUUUAAAGAGUGCGUUGGGAAUCUAACGGACGGAUACCAAGCGGGAUGCCAAGUCCUCAUCCAAGGAGCGGGUCAAGCAAGUGGAUCUAUUAUGCACGGUCCACUAACAUAUUCAAACAUCGUUAAUUUUUGCGACGAUGAUUCUGAUGAUCCUGGCAACCUUCAUAACCGAGAAGCGCCUAAUAAACACAAUCGACUUUGUAACUCAAGAAGUGCAUGGGAAGUCAUGAGGGAACAUGACGAUUUCAAAGGUUUGUCAGAAUAUUUUAUACAAUUUUUUGUUCUUUUUCACAGGACAAAUUUUGGUCUCUUCAUUAAUAUUUGGUCUUAUACAAUUACUACUGCAGACAAUUCUCCCGCAUCGAACCUGAAUGUUGCCCAGAUUAAGCCCAGUUUUGACUUGGUACAAGCAGGCACCGGAGAUGAGUGCCGAGUUGUCCUUGUUUUGGACACUUCAGGAAGUAUGAGGACAUCCAAUCGAAUCGACAAAGUGAACAGUGCCGCCACUGCCUUCGUCAACCUCGUGGAUGACGGGAUAUGGAUUGGUAUAGUCACUUUCACCGGCUCCCCGACCACAGAACAUGCAUUGACACAGAUCAAUACUCAGGCUGAUAGAGACUCACUGCGUGAUAUUUUUCAACUUAUUGCCGAUGGAGGGACCUGCAUCGGGUGUGGACUUGAACGAGGUUUAGAAGUUUUAAUGGAUCACCCUUCUGGAAGUGCCGAUGGUGGAAUAAUCGUGCUGAUGACGGAUGGGCAGGAUAGUGGGAUACAAAAUCAUAUCAUCCGUCAAACGUUACAAGAUAUGGGUGUGAGGGUCAAUACAAUGGCUAUUGGAGAGGAUACAUAUGGUGAACUCAAUCUGAUUGCACAGGAAACAGGUGUCAAUGUGGAAAUCACACAACCAAAUAAUGCAACAAUAACGAGUGGCAACCAGCAGUACACUGUCGACACAACCAGAAAAGUCGUCACCGUGGCUGUCGACGGCCUAGCCAUGAGUGGCAAAUGGUUGUACUCCAUAGAGAAUGCGGUUACAGGAUCUCAGUCUGUGACUUUUUCUGUGUAUUCGAGGAUCAAUAUGCUAGAAGAGGAAGAGCCAAUCGUCGUCAAAUCAACCGUCGGUAAUUCAAUUAUGGAUCUAUCUUCAAAGCUUGAGCCCCUGGCUGCCUAUGCACAAAUUAGACAAGGUUCACGACCUGUCGUAAAUGCAGUUGUCCGUGCUGUCGUUGAAAAACCUGGUGGUUCUCCUGCAGAUAUCAUAGAGCUUCGAGACGAUGGUGCAGGAGCCGACAUAACGGCAAAUGAUGGCAUCUACUCUCGUUUCUUUACAAAUAUAAUUGGGACAGGGUUCUACGGCAUUCGUACCACCUAUGAGAACGAUGGUUCAGCAAUUAUUUUGACCAGGGCUCGAACAGGGAUAUCUAGGGUUCAAGCCGCCAUUAGAGUGACAGAUGAUGGGAUGAUAAUUUCUCCUGGAAAUAUUGGCUCAUACGAAGUACGGCUUCCUGGAGUCGAUUCAAACCAACCCUUGCAAGGGACGCCUGCACCAUCUUUUACCAGGAGUUCAUCGGCGGGUUCAACUACGAUUACAAACCUCCCUGCUGGAUUCACUCCAGGCCAGGACCUGUUCCCACCUAACAGAGUCCAAGACCUACGGGUGACAAUGACUCAUGUGGGGAAUCAAACUUUAGUCCUGUCUUGGAUAGCUCCAGGUGAUGAUCUAGACACAGGAACUGCUACGUCGUACGACAUCAGGAUGGGUAACUCCUCCAGGCAACUCCUGGAUGAUUUCACCAACACAACCCGAGUUAGUUCAUCCAGUAUCCUAAAGGGCAACUUAACAUCACCUAGUCCAUCCGGAUCAUUGGAAACCUUCGUCAUUAUGGUCCCUGACAUGCCCGAGUUGAACUCCUUCUCGUACAGCUUCGCCCUCCGCGCGACAGAUGAUGACGGAAAGACAAGCCAGGUAUCGAAUGUUGCCAUAGCAACGUUCAGACGUGUUGUACCCACUGCACCGCCUCCUGGUCCAUGCAUUGGCAUAACGUGUCUGAAUGGUGGAGAGUUAGAAGACUCCAAUUGCACCUGCUUAUGCUCAGAGGACUUCCAAGGAAAUCUCUGUCAACAUAACAAAUCCCAGUUGCGAAAUGGUGUUCAGAUUCACUUACAAGUUAACAUCACUCAGUGUGAGCAACUAUUGAAUCCCCUCAUUAGCGCUUCAAGUGAUCAACUAAAUGUUUAUUGUCUGAGCAAUUUAGCGACCUGCUGUCCUGGUGGAGGUGUAUUUGACAGACCUCAAGGCGAGUACGUGAGAGAAGAGGAUGUGAUGAUAGCAGAUGGUUAUCCAAUACUAGCUGACCAAUCGGACGGGUGCUAUGUGGUUCUUUAUGCCAUUCGGCCUAACGAACCAGAGCUUUGCAUGGGGAGUGGCUCAAGUAAGCGUCGGAAGAGAAGCAUUUUGGAAAUACAUCGCAAAAGGAGACAAUUGCCAGACCAAUUGGUUUACAUCCCUCAGAGCCUGCUCCUAGAUGCUCUUUCUUCUGGGGAGGUGGCUCUAGAGAUGGCUGUUGGUACAGACAUCGACAGUAUUACACUACCGCGAGUAGAAGGUGAUCCUCUGAUAGAACCAUCUACUGUUCCAGCCUAUCUGAUCGGUGUUAUAGUAGCCAUUGUGACGUUUUCUGUUAUUGUCAUCCUCUGCCUAUGCGUGUCUUGCGCGAGAAUGUCUGUCAGGAAUGACGCUUUAAAGGAAAGAGAUUUCAACCGAGACCGAGAGAGGAGCGAUGGACCAAGAUUCAUGCGCGAUGGUCCUCCUCCACCGAGGAACAUACCUUCGAUCAGCGAACGAACUCAUUUGCAAAUCAACCCUAGUCAACGACUUCGACAGCCUGGUCAUCGAUCACCACCACAAGGAGACGAUGAUAUGUAUGCUGUGGCGUCAUCCCCGAUGUCGAUAUACCAUCGCCCGGACGUCAGAGGGGACAUGCUCUAUUGAACCAUAGCGUAGUGAGAGAGAUAGUUGUGACAUGCGCAACUUAGCGUACGCGAAAUGGGUCAUGGGUUAAGUCAUGUUGCUCCACAUAGCUCCCUCCUACUUUUUUUAAAAUAAAGGCAUCGUUUAACAAUAUUAAAUC